UUGUUGUAGGCAGCUUUGUUUUGACGUUUUGGCGGUCACAGCGAGACGGAUAAACCAUGUGAGUUUAGCGGAGAUCUUCCGUGUACAAAUUGAAGCUGUAGGACAAAAAAAACAUCGAACGACGCAUUUAGCUGUUCUACGAGUGGUCUGAGGCAGGCGUUAGAUUACGAGCAUUUAAGUACCACGUUAUAAUAAAGAUGGUUUUGGUUAACAGCUCGGAGAUUUAACGAUACUCCUACUAAGGUUCUAACGAUGAUCUUAGCCGUAAGAUGCUUUUUGGAAACCAGGCCCUGGUCUUUAAACUAUACUCCGUUAUUGCACCUGCUGCGACUAUGAUGGGCGUCAAAUUCUAACCGCUUCAUGCCAGGGGCGAGAGGGUUAAAACUGGGAGGGAUCACUCUCCGGAGCCUGACGUAUCCAGCACAGUCAUUGCAGAACUGGGUUGCAACGUUAAUAAAAGCUGCAUAAUACUGCUGGAUCAUCGGCGUUGCAUGCAUUUAAAUACAGGCAUCAUCCCAGGCCUAUUGAAAGCGACUGGAAUGCUUUUUCACACCUCUACAACGCUAACAGGAAAUUCUGACUUGUUUUCUUGGUUUCUAUAUCUGUACAGAGGGCGUUGCAGGAAAGACAGAAAGUGACAUGCCCUUCAUUCGUAGCCGGACGCGGUUAAUUCAGAAUGGUGCAUUUUAAUUUGUGUAUCUAGAAUACGCGGAUUUUCGUAUAAUUGUUGUGAUAACGGCGGAUACGACAAUAUCUAUUACAAAUCGAUCAAAACGGAUGCUAAAAUGCGAGGUGCCAGGUCGAUUUGAGCGGGUGGAUGGCCAAUCUGAUGUUAACAAUUGCGUUUCUCCCCGCGUCUGCCGCGUUGCUAUGCUGUGAAGCUGGUCGUGAAGACCGGGCACUCGAGCCAUGCUUCCCGGGGUCGGCGUGUUUGGCACCAGCUUGACCGCGCGUGUGAUUAUCCCUCUUCUGAAGAACGAAGGAUUCGCCGUCAAGGCUCUAUGGGGACGGACUCAGGAGGAAGCAGAGGAGCUGGCCAAGGAAAUGAACGUACCGUUUUAUACCAAUAGAAUCGACGACGUUUUGCUGCAUCAGGAUGUGGAUUUGGUGUGCAUUAACCUGCCUCCACCUUUGACGCGGCAGAUUGCUGUCAAAACAUUAGGUAUCGGUAAGAAUGUGAUCUGUGACCGCACCGCCACCCCACUGGAUGCCUUUCGCAUGAUGUCGGCCGCCCAGUACUACCCCAAGCUGCUGAGCAUCAUGGGAAACGUACUGCGCUUCCUUCCCGCCUUCGUACGCAUGAAGGAGCUAGUGGAGGAGGGCUACGUGGGAGAGCUGCUGGUCUGCGAGGCCCAGGUCCACAGCGGCAGCCUGUUGGGUAAGAAGUACAACUGGAGCUGUGACGACCUGAUGGGCGGUGGGGGACUGCACUCAGUAGGCAGCUACAUCAUUGACCUGCUCACUUUUCUCACGGGCCAGCGGGCGGCCAAGGUGCACGGCUUCCUCAAGACUUUCGUCAAGCAGACGGAGCACAUCUGCGGCAUCCGACAGAUUACCAGCGACGACUUCUGCACCUUCCAGAUGGUGCUGGAGGGCGGCGCCUGCUGCACCGUCACACUCAACUUCAACGUGCCUGGUGACUUCCGCCAGGAGGUGAUCGUGGUGGGCACGGUGGGUCGGCUGACGGUCAGCGGCACGGACCUGUACGGCCAGAAGAACACCAUGGAGGGAGGGCCGGAGCUACUUCUGAAAGACAGCACCCCUCUGGAGAAGGCCUCCCUACCGGAGAAGGCUUUCAGUGACAUCCCCUCACCCUACCUGACAGGAACCAUCCGUAUGGUGCAGGCGGUGCGGCAGGCCUUUGAGGACCAGGACGACCGGCGCACGUGGGACGAAAGGCCGCUGACUAUGGCGGCCACAUUUGAGGACUGCCUGUACGCACUUUGCGUGGUGGACACCAUCAAGAAGUCCAACCAGUGCGGCGAGUGGCAGAACAUUGAGGUGAUGAAAGAGGAGCCCGAGGUAAGCCCGGCGUACCUUAUCAGCGAGGCCAUGCGGCGCAGCAGGAUGUCGCUCUACUGCUAGCACUGGCACCAAAAUGGCUGCCUGGUGCUAGAGACUGGGGGUGAGAGAGCUGUCACUGUGCCCUCAUUGGUUCGCAACCCUAAAAAAGAUGUGAACAGUGAUGAACUCUCUCCGAUCUCAUUGUCCUCUCAUCUGCAUGAUCUAUUCUGGAUUACUACGCCGCGCAUUGUGACUCUGAGAAAGGAGAGGAAUAAAGAGCACCUCCAAAAAGAAAAAGGCGUUGCUAUGGAUGCUACAGUCGGGUCAACAGAGUGGUUUAACUGUACCUCUAGAGAGGUGAAUGUUUAAUCCCCAGGGGGCUUCGGACCCUGUCUCUGUGUAUGUCUGCUGUGUGUGAAACCAGAGAAGAAAAACGCAGAAAAAUCAAUCGUUUGUCUGGUAGGGCUUUUAGUGAGGUCCCCUCCUCCGGUUAAGUAUGCAAUAAAUCCAAUCAGAGCUCCAGGCCAGUGGAAUUAUGUCAUCCUAAGCAAAAAAAGUGUAAUGGGUCCGCACUCAUUCACACUCAGAAUUAUGUCAUCCUGCCUGAAUCAAGGGAAUGCCUUUUUUGCCUGCUUCUCGUUUUUGUAGUAACGUCCAUAUGCAAUAGACCGACACAUAAUCUGUGGAUGGUGGUGCAAUCCCAUGCUAAGCCUAGGCACAUGUCUGCUAUCCCCAUGUUUUCAAUCUCAAGGUCAUGCCUGUUGCUAAGCUAAUAUCCUUAGCUUAGCCAGCUAGGUUAGCGGUGCAUGCGCUAAAGCUUCUAACACAACAGCAACGAUGUAGAGUAAAACAAUCAGUAAUAGUGUCCCUAUGGGUUAGUGCAUGGAUGGGACACUUCCACGCAUUAAACAUUUCGAUCUGCUUGUAAAGGCUAGUGUUUUGUGACUCUUUAUAGUUUGUGUGAAUAUGUAGCUUAGGACUACUAACAGAAGGGCAAGUAGAACAUGGUCUAUUUAAGAGAAGAUCUCUGGUUUUCACCUCGUCAUUUACUCAUCACUAUCCCCAUCACUAUCCACACAGGUCACAAGAGAUGAUAGUAGUACAGUAGCAGAAAUUCACAAAGCCAAAACAUUUUUGUAUUUUAUUCAAGCUCGAUCUUAUUGUUUCCCCAGUGUUGAUUGUGUUCUCAAAUUAUGCUACUGUAUAUCUCGCCAUCUGCAUUUGCCUACUUUUCCAUAGUCUUGUAUAAGUCAAAAAAGUUAAUAUGGUUUCAAAUGUGUCAUGAUAUAAAUGUACUGUAUGUAUUUGAUUUGUUUUUAAACUAUCUGCGAAAGACAGGAACUGGAACAUGUUUUGAUACACACACUGUUCAGUGUAAAAUUAUUUAUUUUUCAUUUUGGACUGAUUCGUACUGUAUCGGGAGAAGAUGUCUAGUUCGUGGGCGACAGUUGAGGUAAGAGAGGCCUUUUAGUAUUCCGUUUCUCUGUGUGUUGGUCCAUACUGUGGGAUGUCUGAAGACAAUGACUACUUUAGUUGGAGUAUAUAGACGUUUUUUUAAUCAUGUGGUCCUAAAUUGUAAUAAAUGUUGAUAGGUGCAGCCAUUUUAAGAUUUGUAGCUUUUUAACCGUUAUCGUCUGUCCAGUCACCCAUUUUUCCCUGUGUUCAUGUUUCAUUCGAUGUGGUAUAUUGUGUUUUACAGUGGGUUUUGGAACAUUUAAUAUUUUUCUGACCAUGCUCCAGUUAGUUUGUUUGGCAUUUGUGUCGUGCAAGUUAUUUUUUCAGUAGCUUUUCAACCAACAAGACAAGCUUCUCACAUGCUGCUGACCUUUCCCAAGUUCUGUAAAUACUAUCGCACUCUGAUUGGGUGACAUGAUGUGUUCUGCAUAGAAACAUGAUAAGAUGUCACCUGUUAUACCAUUGCAGAUCAUAAUAGCUUAUCAAUACUGUAGACUUUCCCCUUUGUCCAAUGAGGACCUUUAUACCAUAAACAUGCCUUGAUCUUUUCAAUGAAACCUGGAAAACAUUAUACUGGAAUAAACUCUCCAAAGUUGCA